UGUGGAUACUGAAGAAUGGAAAUAGUUGAUGCUAGUAGCUUCCUUGGGAAUGGUACGAACAUUACUGAUUUCCUCUGUGAUAUCAUCUUGGAAAAUGACACCUUUUUCUGUGUGGAUGAUGUACCUUAUCCUUCCAAAGAUUUGCAUCAGAUAAUACGGAUUCUGCUGUACUGCUUGAUAUUUCUGCUCAGCAUUUUGGGGAACACUCUGGUGAUUACGGUGCUGAUAAGAAACAAGCGGAUGAGAACAGUCACCAACACAUUUCUGCUGUCACUAGCAGUCAGUGACCUGAUGCUCUGCCUUUUCUGCAUGCCUUUCACCCUCAUUCCCAACCUGCUAAAAGAUUUUAUUUUUGGAAGUGCUGUUUGCAAAACUGCCACUUACUUCAUGGGUGUCUCUGUAAGUGUCUCUACAUUCAACCUGGUGGCCAUAUCUUUGGAGAGGUACAGUGCCAUUUGCAAACCUCUGCAGUCCAGGGUCUGGCAGACAAAAUCUCACGCCCUGAGAGUGAUUGCUGCAACCUGGUGUGUCUCCUUCACUAUCAUGUCACCAUACCCAAUCUACAGCAAACUGGUUCCUUUCACCAAGUACAACAACACCACAGCAAACAUGUGCCGGCUCCUUUGGCCAAGCGAUGUCAUCCAGCAGUCCUGGUACACUUUCCUGCUACUCACACUCUUUCUUAUUCCUGGGAUUAUAAUGAUGAUUGCAUAUGGCCUAAUUUCUUUGGAACUCUACAGAGGAAUAAAGUUUGAUGCCAGCCAGAGAAAAUCUUUGCGAGAAAGAAGAGGAAGUACCUGCAGUGCCAAAUACGAGGAUGGAGAUGGAUGUUACCUCAACAAAACCAAAAGAAAAAGGAAAAUGCCAUUGCAACAGCUCUCUGCUAUGAGCCACAACAAAAUAGAGAGAGUGAGAAGCAACAGCUCUUCUGCCAACUUGAUGGCCAAGAAGCUUGUCAUCCGUAUGCUGAUGGUGAUAGUGGUUUUGUUUUUCAUUUGCUGGACUCCCAUCUUCAGUGUCAACGCCUGGCGAGCCUUCGACACGGCGUCCGCAGACCGGCGUCUCUCGGGGGCUCCCAUCUCCUUCAUCCACCUGCUGUCCUACACCUCUGCCUGCGUGAACCCCAUCAUCUACUGCUUCAUGAACAAGCGUUUCCGCAUGGCCUUCCUGGCCACCUUCACCUGCUGCGCCAAGCAAAGGCGCCCCGCAACACGGGGGGAGGCUGCUGAUGAAGAGGAGGGGAAAACCACAAGGGCUUCCCUCUCCAAAUGUUCUUACACACACAUGUCUGCGUCUGCACCCCCCUGA